UUGAAGGUUACGAAUUUGCAAGGAUAUUCUUACCUGCACACUGCAUUUUAUUUCAUACAACGAUUGUUCUCGUUAUUUUAGAUAACGAGUCGCGAUUGCAUAUUAUUCUAUAUCACGUAUUAUCUUAUAGAACACAUUUCGUACACAUAUUUUUACUACUGCAAUUUAACUUUGCCAACUGUCAAAAAGAAAUAACAUAACAUCGAUCGCGGUAUCGAGGUCGGAACAAUUAAACCGCGGUUUUUCUAUGAAGUUAUAUUCACAUAGACCGUGCUCGAUAUCCGUUGAUCCUUCAUUUUGCCCGGAUAGCCAGUUGAUUAUUUUAUUGGAUGUUUUCUUUAAAAUUCACAAGUGAAAUUCUUGUAUGUGUGUAUAGAUCUGUGUAAGAAAAGCUGUGCGAUCGCAUAUUUUACGCACAGCCCAAUGCGCAUCACCCGAUAACAAGUUGGACGGUCAUUGAAAAUGAUAAAUAUAUCAGCAUCAGAAUUUAUGAUCAUAUGUAGCAGCGUCCUCCUCGUUUUUUUGCUGCUGACCGAAGUUCUGGAUUGGACCCAAUUAUUUCCCUGGAUAGAAAACGAAUGCAAUUUUCCUCCGUUCACGUUCGGUUAUACGGACCGUAACGGGCCCCAUAUGUGGAAACUGCUGUAUCCUGAUAGUAAUGGUAGCAAUCAGUCACCGAUCAACAUCGCAACACGGCUCGUCGUUGUGGUGCAACCGUCCGAACCUCUUCGUUGGAACGGCUACGAUAAAGGACCACUAUCGAUGACUAUAGCGAAUAACGAAAAUAACGUGAUAGUGAGCACAGUGUGGGGCAACUUGAAUCGACCGUACAUCGAAGGUGGCUGUUUGACUAACAUCUACGACCUCUGCUCGAUGAUGUUUCAUUGGGGACAAUCGAACGACGAAGGCAGCGAACAUACGUUAGAUUACGUUCGAUAUCCCAUGGAAUUACAAGUGUGGCACAUAAAACGCGGCUUUAACUCACUUUUGGAGGCGAUUGCUGCUAAAGAAAGCGAUGGCAUACUGAUCGUCUCGUUCUUUUUUCAGAUCACAAACGCGGAUAAUCCUUAUUUGGAUCAUAUCGUGAGAAAUCUGCGGCGAAUCGUUAAACCAGGGACAAAGGUGCACGUUCCACCGUUUCCGCUGCUAUGGAUAUUUCCACACUUCGAGACGGAUUAUUAUACUUACAACGGUUCUCUUACUCAGCCACCCUGCAGUGAAAUCGUUACGUGGAUCUUGCAACCUGAACCGAUCGCUAUAUCAUCGUCUCAGAUCGCACAAUUUCGACAAAUUUGCUCACCGGAUGGUCCUAUACCGUUAAAUUGUAGGCCCGUACAACCAGUGAACGACCGUAGCGUGUACUUUUAUUCAUAGUAUUUGUUAACAAAUUACAAAAUUAAUUUUACGUCUUAUCCGUUUUCGUGUAGAACUAUCAACACGCGUAUAUAGUCAUUCGUGUUCCGUUGUAACGUUUUUCUACUAUCUAUGCGUAUAAACUGAUUCUUAAUAAAAUCAAGUACAAAGCCAUAUAUUUUCUGUCUUUGCUGUAACGUCAAUCGACAUUGACGUUAGUAUACGAUUGUACGGGACGAACAUCGCCUUUCAACCGUCUACUUCGUGGAGCUGCUUCUUCGUUUCUUCCAUAUGAGUGAUUAUAUUACCGGCGACGAAAAGAAUACGCGCGAAAUAUGUACAGCGCUCUUACAAAAAUCGUGUAGAUUCGAUACGUUGCCCCGUUCGGGUAAAACGUUUCCCUUCCAAUUGAGGAAUCGUCUAAUUUUCUUUAGCGGGACAAUGAAAUUACUUUUGUUCGCUGUUGAAAAUAUGAAACAUCGAACAAGUAUUUUAUGUACAGAGAGCAAUAAUUUUAUUGUUUUCCUGCUAUAUUUUACGAACGCGCCAAAUACUUUCCAACAAAUUUUAUCAGAAAAUAAAG